AUGGACAUCUCCUCCUGGCAAACACCCCUCAGCUACAUCGGCCUGGCAACACUAGCCUACACAACCUUCAAAUUCACCCGCUCGGCAACAACAUUCCUGCUACCCUCCUCUCUAAACACCUACAACCGCACAAAGAACAACUGGGCCCUUGUAACCGGCGCAAGCGACGGAAUCGGCUUCGGCUUCAGCGAAGAACUCUGCGCCCGUGGUUUCAACGUCAUCCUACACGGGCGCAACGGCACGAAGCUCGAAACGCGCGCGGCGGAGCUCAGGACGCAAUUUCCGACUCGUCGGGUCGCGAUUGUGGUUCGCGAUGUUGUCGGCUUGACGGUUGAUGUGGAUGAAAUUGCUGUGGAGGUGAGGGCAAUUCUUGACGCGCAGGGUGGUGAACUCUCUGUUCUCAUCAAUAAUGUUGGGGGUGAGGUUCGGCCGUAUACUGUUUUGAGUGAUUAUUGCUUUGAGGAUGUUGAGAGGACUAUUGCGAUGAAUGCGGGAUUCAUGACGCAGAUUACCCGUGUCUUGCUUCCUGUUUUGGAGGCUGGGGGUGGGGGCCUUGUACUCAAUAUUUCGUCUGUGUCGUCGGUCGGCAUGCCGUAUAUCAGUGUUUAUGCUUCCACCAAGGGAUUCGUGGACACAUUUACCAAGGCCCUUGAGGCCGAGUGUAAGGCCGAGAAGCGCAAGGUCGAGGUUUUGGGAUUGCGUGUUGGUCAAGUGAGAACAGCUGGCUUCGAUGUUCAGGCUGGGUUGUUUGUACCGGAUGCCAGGACUCUAGCCAGUGCUGGAUUGAACAGGAUUGGAUGCGGUCGAGUCAUUGUUUGGGCAUACUUUUGGCAUUGGCUGCAAGGACUUUCGGUUGAGCUUCUACCCCGGUCUAUGCUAAUGAUGAUCUCCUCGAAGACACUUAUGGCGCUGAAGAAGGAAGAGGAGGAGAAGGCCAAGAGGAGGUAA